AUGGGUACACAAUGCGCCGAUUUAUUGCCGGUUGCGGGGCCCGAUCUGCUGACCCAUUCGGCCGUCUUACCGCCCAUCGUUAUCCGUUUCUGGGAUUUGGCCCGAGAGCACAGCAUCAGCUUCCAACAAGCUGCUGGCAAUGUUUGUGCAGCGUGCGACGCGGCAUAUGGUGACCAGAUUGCGGUGUACGACAGUUUUAUGAAGGCAGCGCUGUGUGAAGGAUUAAUACCACACCAACCGCAAACAACUCUGGCCCGUGCUGCCCAGGCUUGUCAGCGUGCUGUUGUGGAUAAUGCGAAGCGUAUAGGACAUUUCGCGUCAAGUAUUCCGGUGUUUCGCGAUUUCCCGAAUGAAGACCAGCGUAUCCUGCUAAUGGAAAAGUUUUUCGUAUGCAGCAUGAUCCAUGCUAGCAAAUACUUCUACAAAGGUGACAGAUAUUACUGUAUGCCUGGAGAGGACAGCGUGCAGAACUGUAAGUACUGGAUCGAGGUGUUGGGUUGGGAUCCUGACUUCAUGCACUUCAACGACUGCUUCUUCGCUGCGGUAAACGAUAUCGGUCUGACCCACACCGAGCGAUAUCUCCUGCUAACCGUCGCUUUAUUUUCUCCCGAUGUCACACACGUGUCCAGCAUUACCAAGCGCACCAUGGAAUGCAGUUACGCGUACUUUUUGAGCGUGCUGUAUUAUCUUCUGGGCCAUCGUCUCAGCGUCGAUGAACGGGAGACGGUGUACAAGAAACUGGAAAAGGUCAUCCGUCAGUUCCCCAUUAUCGACAACCUGUCAGUGAAGUAUCUCAGCAGUGUAAAUACCAGCGCGGCACCGCUGCGGCCACGGAGCUUACUAUCGUUCAAGGAAUGCUUGCCCGAAGAUGCCAAGGAAACAUAAAUGAAUCCGCGUCAGAGAAAAGUAUUGAUUUUGUUGUGCGCCAGGCAGUCUGACGGUA